AUGGUGAGCAAGGCAAAAAUAGUGCUGUACUACACCCCAAAUGUGGAAACCUCUCUUGCUGUAACGUUGAGCUCGAUGUUGGGAGUCAAAUUGGUAAAUAACCUGGGAAGAUAUCUGGGUGUUCCAAUGAUACAUGGACGCGUCACAAAAUCCACAUAUAGCGAAGUCCUUUCAAAAAUUCAGAACAAAGUGAAGUUUUGGAAUCCUCAUAGGUUUUCUUUGGCGGGAAGACUGACACUUUGCCGAUCGGUCUUGGCGGCAGUUCCAAUAUAUACUAUGCAGUCUACCAUGCUACCAAAGGGAACUGCAGACCAAAUUGACAAACUGAGAAGAAAAUUCCUUUGGGGAGCUUCCGGAAAUGAGAAAAAAAUGAGCCUGAUCAACUGGGAUACAGUCUAUCAGUCUAAGAACAGAGGUGGUCUGGGCCUUCGAAAACUAUGUGACGUAAAUGCCUCUUUCUUUCUGAAACAUGCGUGGGGACUACUAUCAGAUGAAGGAGGUUACUGGCAACAAAUUCUCAGAGCCAAAUAUGAAAUCCAGAGUAGUGAAAUCCUAGCAAGCAUUGAUCGUCCCAACUGUUCGCUGCUUUGGAAACAUAUUGCAAACGCUUGGCCCAUCAUCCUUGCAGGUAUAAGGUGGACUGUUGGAAACGGAGAAACCAUCAGGUUCUGGUCGGACAUUUGGCUAAAUCACAACACUCCACUUGCUCUCCAAUCUCGGAUCCCUCUCACAGAUGAUGAUCUACAAAAGAAGCUCAAUCUUUUCAUGGAUGACUGUGGGAACUGGAACUGGAAUAUUCUUCAACAAACACUCCCACAGGCCACUCUUGAUCUCAUACAGGCCAUUCCACCACCAGACCCAACUCUUGUUUGGAGUCAUCUGCUGGAAAUUGUGGAAAGCUAG